GAAGUUCUUUAGAAUCUUCACAUCACACUAAUCUACGCUCUACAUCCAUCACCCCAGGAAGGAGAAGAGCCCGAGUCGCUACGCAAGCAGUCGACACCCUGAAGAAGGUUGGGAGCAGCCUUUAAUCGUACGGAGUGUUGGAAACCUUUAUCCUGCACCAUUCUCGAGUGAGCCAUGAGCUUCCAAUCUAUUAACUGUUUGGCAUCCUGUUAUAAUUACUCUCCAGCGCCCCAAUUUCCUCGUAGCCUCUGAUUAUUCGUUAUGAGCAACUCCCCUGAUCGUGGUGAGGGCUCUUCACAACCUUUCGAACCAUUACCACAGAAUACCAUAUCGCAAAGUUCCACAUCGCAGAGCUUAACUCAGGCUGUCCGCGAAGGAGACGCAGCUCCACAUAGUUCCGACACUCUGGAGAGCGAUCCAGGAGAAAACCCCGAUGACUUGACUCGCACGACUAGCUUUGUGCGGGAGACUCUGCGUAGUCCUGAGCCGCUCCCGGCGCCUGGACAAGUACGCUUCGCGGAGACUGUCGAGGUCAUCGAGGUCAUUCAGGACCUUGGAGAUAAUCCCGACGAAGCUCAACCUGUACCGCAUGGUGUUGAGGGAUUACCGGUCAAUUCGGAACAAAAGGCCCAACGUAAAGGCAUUUUGAAAAAUAGUAGAUAUUCCUCUAGCGAGGUUUCCGUUCCCUCGCUUCCCUUGGACUCCCAACCCGAGCAACUCAGUGCCAUUUCGUUGUCUGUGCCCUUGCCACCAUUUACUGAGCACGACACACCAACCGGUAGUCCAUUUGUACCAUCCUCAUCAAGAUCAAGUCCAUCAGCGCCAGUAUUCCUCAACAUUACUCCACCGUCUUCCCCUCCUAGUAACCUCCCGAGACCAUUACUGCCUUCCCCCUCUUCUUCGUCAUCUUCGUCAUUUGGAUACGCUCCAGUUACGCCGCCCAGCCCUCUCUACUCAUAUCCAACCGGACCUCAGCCUGUUCCGAUAUCAGACUCGGGCCAAUCCAACUCUAUUCCUUUUCGAUCGUUGUUGUUUCAACAGUAUACCCCUCAUCAAACGCCAUUCGACGGACAUACUACUUUGGAAUCCAACCCGGACUGGGAUGUGCUGGCUGAAUAUCUGUCGUAUCACGACGAGUCCAAGGUUCGAAGUUGCGAUAAGAACUUAGACAAUCUACUUGUUUUCACCGGAUUGUUUUCUGCAAUAGUCGCUGCUUUUACGAUUGAAUCGUACCAGACCUUACAGCCAGACCCUACCGACACCAUCGUUGCUCUGCUCACUCGAAUCUCCUUACAAAUCGAUCAAACCGACUUGCAGUCGACGAAUGAGACGCUGUCUCCGAUAUUCAAUGCUUCAGCUGGCGAUGUUGGUAUCAAUAUUCUCUGGUUUGCAAGCUUGGUUCUGAGCCUCAUCAUCGCCUCUCUGGCGAUCUUUGUCAAGCAAUGGCUACGAGAGUACCUGAUAUGGGAUUGUUUCUCUGCAACUGAACGUAUUCGCGUGCGGCACGUCAGAUACCAGGGCUUGCUCCGAUGGCGGGUCUUCGAAAUCGCGGGUUUCCUCCCCUUUCUAUUGCAGGUCUCGUUACUCUCCUUUCUCAUCGGCUUAUCGAACUUCCUUCGCUCCUUGAAUCUCGUGGUUGGGUGGUGUAUCACCGGUUUGAUCGUUCUCUGGAUAGCGAUCUUCUCAUCGACUCUUGUGACACCCAUGUUUGUCCCUGACUGUCCUUAUAAGAUCCCACUGUUGUCACACGGAACGCGGCGGAUUCACCGCUCUAUAGCAAAUCUACGAUCUCGUUUCGGAUCCAAAUGGCAGUUUCGUGCGGCUAACCGUUACUAUACCUAUCCUGGAGAUGAACGAGGUAUUCGACGUGAUGGAACCAUCGAUGUUGAUGCUCUGGUUUCCGCAGAUGCAACCCUGGCGGACGAUUCAAUGCUAGAAAAGGUCAUCUGUAAUUGCGCUCAAGCCCUCAGCCUGGAAAACGUCGUAAUAUUCUCUCGCAAGAUUCUCGCACGGUAUCUUGACAUGCAAGUCGUGACCCUUGCUACCCGGAAAUUGGACUUCGGCUUUGUCCCAAGUCAUGCCUUGAAUGCACUGAUUGGCAUGAUUUGUACUGUCAUCUCUUCCAAUGAUCAAAUUGAAGCAUUGAAGACGAUCACCCAUUCUUCAUCUCCGCUCCUCGAACUGGUUUCCUUCAUGUACCGCCUAUGCAAUCAUGUCAUAGAACGAAGGAGGACCGACUAUCUCUCAAACUGGAGGCAAGCAACCCGGGUACUACACCAAAUCCCAAUUGUUUUGAUUCGUAUGGACUCUGAAGAAGGCAUUAUGGCUUUACUCAAGAUCGCCAUCAGUGCCCCAUUAAUGCCCAUUACAGCACCAGCCGUUGUUCCAGUGGAUCAAAUCAAGAAAUUUGUUCAUUCAGCAACUUCGAUGAUUCUUCAGCAGGACCCCGAGCUACACCCGCUAUCACUCAUGAGAGCCGUUUUUGACUAUAUUGCGGCUGUUCAGCCACAAGAUCUGGAGAAAUGUCGUGAAGAGAUCAUUUCAUUCUGUGAUUCGGCUACGGCAUCUUUGGCAGGAAACGAAUCUGGCCUCCUGAAAUCAUCGGUCGCUUCACGAACUACAACCCAUGCAGCGAUAACCUCUGUCUCGUCAAAUUCCAUUGAUACUGCUCUUGAGGCACGACGUACUUCGGAGGCAAUGACCAGAAUGAAUCAGGUUAAUUCAGGGAUCAUUCCAGAUGAAGUAAUUGAUCUGGUAAGGAGGCAAUGGAUGCAUGACCACGCAACCAUAGACGUGACGCAUUUUGCUAUCUCGCCAGUGCCGCUACGUGCUGUCUCUAAUGGCGGUCCCUGGCACCACGUCUACGAAAGAUGACCCUGGGCUUGCAUGCUUCGUGUACCACACUUCCCGACAUACCAAGUAUGAAAUCGUCUAGAAGUACGCAGACUUGGGUAGACAGGCUGGUGCGGAAUUGUUAUCGCAUGUCGCCGUCCAACGCCUUUGCUACGAUGCUUAAUUGCAUUCGAAUGGGUUUGCCCCACGGCAUGUUUGAUGUGGAUGUGACAAGCGAGGAAUAUAACACCUCCUAUCACUGGCCACAUCUUCUACAUGCGAAGUCACCAACGCUGCUGGCCAGCUGGGUGAUGCAGAGAAUGACAAAUUUUUCUUGCAUAUUCUUCCUCUAACUUUGACAAGAUCGAUAUUAUUCUGUCGAGCCCUGGGAGUAUUUGUGCACCCACUGAGGCCUGCAGACGUUGCGAACUCUGAGGCGGACCAGGCCAGUCCCUAUUGCAGUAUUCCGAUCCGUCAGUGCCGAUAAUUGAGCUGGAUGGAGAGUUGAUUGAACGACAUCCGCUUUCACGAUGCUGAGCCUACCUAUGGUACACGUAUCCUUAUAUUAGCUACUCUUCAUGCUCGCGGUAGUCGUUGUCGUAUCCCUCCCACCACUCUCCUUUACGUUGUCAUAAACACACCCGCGCUGACUAUAUUAUAGAUAUCGGCGAGUACCUCACUGACAAUAAAAGGGACAUGACCAGUCAGUAUAAUUAUAAGUAUACAAAUCACUACGCUUUGCCU